AAACGCCUAGUCGUGUUUCCAAGGCACGAGCCUCGCUACAGAAGUUACCCCUCUUUACACCGAAGAAGAUCACGCACCGUUGGCGGAUGAAACGGACCUUUUCAGAGACGGUAUCCGAUCUGCUCUGCCGUGUGUGGACUUAAUGAGAUCUUAAUUAAGAUCCACCAGCCUACCAGCGGGGCGCACCGAGCCACCAGGAGCCACCAAGAGCCACCAGGAGCCAGCAGGAGCCACCAGGAGCCAGCGUGCAGCACUGUGGACGGGAUUGUUUUGUUGUGGUCCGACCAGCGGAAUGACGGACAGAUGAGGAGCUAUGGUUCACUUUGAAGCUUCUUAUGACACUCUUUCGUCGUGAACUUUUGUGUUUCUAUCGGAGCCCUUGACAGCGGUAUAACCAGCCGAAUCGAACCGCAACACUUUCUACCAUAAAGGAUUAAUAAUGCCGGACCAGAUAACAGUUUCGGAGUUCGUGACGGAGACAAAUGAAGAUUAUAAGGCGCCGACCGCCUCCAACUUCACCACCCGAAUGUCCCACUGUAGGAACACGGUGGCUGCUCUUGAGGAGGCUUUGGAUGUCGACCGCAGUGUUUUGUACAAGAUGAAGAAGUCUGUGAAGGCCAUCUACGUAUCUGGGCUGGCCCAUGUGGAGAACGAGGAGCAGUACACUCUGGCCCUGGAGAAGUUCGGGGAGAACUGCGUGUACAGAGACGACCCUGACCUGGGGUCAGCCUUCCUCAAGUUCUCCGUGUUCACCAAGGAGCUCACGGCCCUCUUCAAGAACCUGUUCCAGAACAUGAACAAUAUCAUCACCUUCCCACUGGACAGCUUGCUGAAGGGGGACCUGAAGGGAGUCAAAGGGGACUUGAAGAAGCCGUUUGAUAAAGCGUGGAAGGACUACGAAACCAAAGUCACCAAGAUCGAGAAGGAGAAGAAGGAGCACGCCCGGCAGCACGGCAUGAUCCGCACAGAAAUCAGCGGCGCCGAGAUCGCAGAGGAGAUGGAGAAGGAGCGGAGGUUCUUCCAGCUGCAGAUGUGUGAGUAUCUGCUCAAAGUGAACGAGAUCAAGAUCAAGAAGGGAGUGGACCUGCUGCAGAACCUCAUCAAGUACUUCCACGCCCAGUGCAAUUUCUUCCAGGACGGUCUGAAGGCUGUGGACAACCUGAAGCCUUCCAUUGAGAAACUGGCAACCGACCUGCACACGAUAAAGCAGGUGCAGGACGAGGAGAGGAAGCAGCUCACUCAGCUACGAGAAGUUCUGAAGACGGCUCUGCAGGUUGAGCAGAAGGAGGACUCCCAGGUGCGUCAGAGCGCCACCUACAGCCUCCACCAGCCGCAGGGCAACAAGGAGCACGGCACUGACCGCAGCGGACACUUGUACAAGAAGAGUGACGGCUUGCGGAAGGUGUGGCAGAAGAGAAAGUGCUCAGUAAAAAAUGGAUACCUCACUAUUUCCCACGGCACGGCGAAUCGCCCUCCAGCGAAACUGAACCUGCUCACCUGCCAGGUGAAGCACAAUCCAGACGAGAAGAAGAGCUUCGACCUCAUAUCCCACGACCGGACGUACCACUUCCAGGCGGAGGACGACCCAGACUGCCAGAUAUGGAUCUCGGUGCUGCAGAACAGCAAGGAGGAGGCUCUGAACCAGGCCUUCAAGGGCGACCCGCGGGCCGGGGAGAACAACAUCGUGCAGGAGCUCACCAAGGCCAUCCUGGCCGAGGUGAAGAGGAUGACGGGCAACGACGUGUGCUGCGACUGCGGAGCGCCCAACCCCACCUGGCUGGCCACCAACCUGGGCAUCCUGAUGUGCAUCGAGUGCUCUGGGAUCCACCGGGAGCUGGGGGUCCACUACUCCAGGAUCCAGUCGCUCACGCUGGACGUGCUCAGCACCUCCGAGCUCCUGCUGGCCAAGAAUGUGGGGAAUGCAGGAUUUAAUGAAAUCAUGGAGGCUUCUCUGGCGGCUGAAAAUGUGGUCAAACCGAACCCUACCAGUGACAUGCAGGCGAGGAAGGACUUCAUCACGGCUAAAUACACGGACAAGCGCUUCGCCCGCCGGCAGACGGCGGGCCCCUCCGGCCCCGGGGGCCCUGCGGCCCGCCUGCACACGCUGAGCGAGGCGGUGAAGGCGCGGGACAUCUUCUCCCUCAUCCAGGUGUACGCCGAGGGGCUGGACCUCAUGGAGCCCAUCCCGCUGGGCAACGAGCACGAGCACGGGGAGACCGCCCUCCACCUGGCGGUCAGACUCGUGGACCGGACCUCGCUGCACAUCGUGGACUUCCUCACUCAGAACAGCCUGAACCUGGAUAAGCAGACAGCCAAGGGCAGCUCGGCGCUCCAUUACUGCUGUCUGACGGACAACAGCGAGUGUCUGAAGCUGCUGCUGCGGGGGAAGGCCUCCAUCGAGAUCGCCAACGAGUCGGGGGAGACGCCGCUGGACAUCGCCCGGAGGCUGAAGCACCUGCAGUGUGAGGAGCUGCUGAACCAGGCGCUGGCGGGGAAGUUCAACGCCCACGUCCACGUGGAGUACGAGUGGUGCCUGCAGCACGAAGAUCUGGACGAGAGCGACGAGGAUCUGGACGAGAAGCCCAGCCCCCACCGGCGGGACGAGCGACCCGUCAGCUGCUACGCCCCAGGGGCCAACUCCCACCUCCACGGGUCCCCGGGGCCGGGGGCCCGGGACGGGGUCGGCAAGGAGAAGCAGCGGGGCUACGUGACCAACCUGGUGAACAACGAGACCUACGGGACCAUCCUCAACAACAACCCCCCCCUGGCCGGGGGCCCGGGGGGCCCCACCACCGCCUCGGCGCCGCCCCUGCCCCCCAGGAACCUGGUCCAGUUAUCCGGUCUGGCCGGUGGCACGCUGCAGACCUCCCUAUCCUCCAGCUGGAAGCCCGGCUCCCUGGACCUGACGGGGCGGCAGAGGUCCUCCUCCGACCCCCCCAACAUGCACCCCCCCAUGCCCCCCAUGCGGCUCACCUCCAGCGGAGCGCUGGGGAUGCCUCCUGCAGCCAAGCUGCUGAACGUGAUGGAGGGCAAGGUCCCGCCGGGGCCCCGUGGGGGCCCGCCCAAGUCUCCUUUAGGGAACGACAAGAGCUUCACCCGAAUACCUCUGAACCGCAAGGGAUCCAUAGAACGACAAGCUAAAGAAGUCCCUGGAUGCCCAAGGAAUUCCAUUGGUCAAUCCAUGCCUCCGGCCCCCACUCCAAGGAAGGGACCUCUGAAGCACAAGCCCAAGCGCGUGAAGGCCAUCUACCACUGCAUCGCCGACAACCCCGAUGAGCUGACCUUCACCGAGGGGGAGGUGAUCGUGGUGGACGGGGAGGAGGACCAGGAGUGGUGGUUGGGUCACAUAGAAGGGGAUCCGAUGAGGAGAGGAGCCUUCCCAGUCACCUUCGUCCACUUCAUCGCCGACUGAGAGGUCAACCCGGGGGGGGGGGGGAGCACGGGAACCGAUCCGGGGCCUAGAACGCCGCCGGACUUCCUGUCUCUAAACGCUAACGAAAGAAAGCGAGACGAAACCGACAUCGACUUUUUCUCUGUGGAGUAGCUGUCGUCUGAACGACCAAUGAGACGCCGCCGUUUCCCCAGCGUGACGGACCGGCAUUCGCCUUGGGGGUUCGUCAGGUGCCCAGUAGCUCAGUGGCACCGUAUGUGAUUUUAAAGUUGUUAAUAUCAGUUAAAGACUAUGAAGAAAAAAAAAAAGAAAUAUGAUUGUAGUGAAUGACCUCUUGCAAUAAAUCGCACUUUUCCAAGUCUUGGGCUUGGUCACAGGUCACAGUUCAACUCAACUGACUGAAUGAAGGUCCUACUGGCAACGUACUGUAACUAACACAUAGAACCGUCGAAUGUGAACACCCUCAACUCUCUAACAUUCCACCUCUUCUCCAGCUGAGCGUUUCGUAGCGUCUGUGUUUUAGAGAUGCUGCUUCUAGCUGCUUUGACCUUUUUUUUCCCAGCAGCUCUCCCAAGUGGAGACACUUUCUAACGGUGCUGACCCAGAAACACGAAGGACCUGCCAGCCUCCCAUCCCUUCCUCCCCCCCCCCCCCAUGUCCCAUAUUUCUCCCCCAGACGGGCAUCAGGGAGACGUGCUAAAUUUAGAAAAAAGAGGAGGCAAGUUCCUCACCUGGGCGAGUUCAUCUCCUCGUGUCUGACUGUAAGAAAGUUAAAAACAUGCCUAUCUGUAACGGUCGAUUUCUAUAUCCGCCAUUCUUCCACAUCCUUCAUGUGCUGCACCACAGGCCCGUGCUAGGCUGCUCCUGUGGCCGUGUGUCGCUGUGUGUAACGUCUGACACCCUGGCUGCAGGCCGCGCCUUCUAACCCGCCACCCCCGCUCUGCUCCUGUGGUCGGCUGUGUUCCUGUCGCCUUGCACGCGACACUCUGCCUCAUGAGGGGCAAGCUGAUGUGUUCUGGCUCUCUAUUGGAGGCUCUCACCCAGAGCCCUCCAAUCCACUGGUUCUCACCCAGAGCCUUCUAAUCCUCCGGCCCUUGGACACAGAGCCUUCUCACCCACCGGUCCUCAGACCUGGCAGAGGAGGGGACAUGUUCAGUCUAGCGCUAGAUCAAGAAUAUUCUGACAAAGCAUUCUAUGUAAUUAACUUUAUUUUGGUUGCAGAGCAACUGUCCUCUAUCUCUUUCUGUGUUUAUAAAAAAUCUAUAUAAAUAUAUAAAUAUGUUGAUAUUUACACAUUUAACCUAACAAGAGCCUGCAGUGGAUUUUGUGAAUGACAAAAGGUGACGCUGCGUUGUGAUUGGUGGAUCCGAUGAGCGCUCCUCACUGGAACUAAGAGGGUUGAUUGUCGAGGUUGUAAAUAGAAGUUGUUUCUGUGUGAUAUUUAAUUGUAAAAAAAAUGUUAACCUUGCCUUGGUGAUUAAAUGUUGUUUGAAUGCACUGUUGUGAUGGAACAGUACACACACACACACACACACACACACACACACACACACACACACACACACAGGUUCAUUCAUUCUUGAAGACUAAAGAUUACUACAUUGACUCUUAACUUAAAUGUGCAAGUAAACAGUCAAAUGAAACUGGAAUAAUAAAAACAUGA